AGAUACCUCUGGUCUCAGUCUGCAGACAGGUUCCUACUCUGACACCCAGGCUGCGCUGACAGGACAGAGGAUAUUUUAGUCAACAUGACUGAGCGCUACGACUGCACAGACUGUAACGAGUCCCUGUACGGGCAGAAGUACAUCCUGAAGGAGGAGAACCCGUACUGCAUCAAGUGCUACGAGUCACUUUUCUCCCACAACUGUGAAGUGUGCCAGAAGCUCAUUGCCUGCACCAGCAAGGAUCUGUCGUACAAGGACCGCCACUGGCACAGCGACUGCUUCCUCUGCAUCAAGUGCAGCCGGUCUCUGGCGGAUCGGCCCUUCGCCACCAAGGAUGACAUGCUGAUGUGCACCGACUGCUACAGCAACGAGUACUCUUCCAAGUGCCACGCGUGCCUGAAGACCAUCAUGCCAGGCUCUAAAAAGAUGGAGCAUAAGGGCAACAGUUGGCAUGAGAAUUGUUUCACCUGCAACCGUUGCCAGCAGCCCAUCGGCACCAGGAGCUUCAUCCAGAAGGACGCCAGCAACUACUGCCUGCCCUGCUACGAGAAGCAGUUUGCUCUGCAGUGCAUCCAAUGCAAGAAGCCCAUCACCACUGGAGGAGUGAACUACCGCGACCAGCCCUGGCAUAAGGAGUGCUUCGUUUGCAUUGGCUGCAAGCAGCAGCUGGCCGGCCAGAGGUUCACCUCUCGGGACGACUUCGCCUACUGCUUCGACUGCUUCUGCAACCUGUUUGCUAAGAAAUGUGCUUACUGCACCACCCCGAUCAGCGGUCUCGGAGGCAGCAAGUACAUCUCGUUCGAGCAGCGCCAGUGGCACAACAGCUGCUUCAACUGCAAAAAGUGCUCCGUAUCUCUGGUCGGCCGAGGUUUCCUGACGUGCAAAGACGACAUCUUCUGCCCUGACUGCGGCAAAGACUUCUGAGCGGUCUCCAGAGAUGAAAAAGAGUUUAUCCAGAACCGGCUGCCAAUCAAAGAGCACUGGUAGUACUCUCCUAACCUGACCGCUGUUGCAUUAUUUGCAUCACUUAUUAGUAUCUGACACAUUAACCUUUUCUUCCUGCUGAAGUGUUUUCUGCAUGCGCUGAUGAUACUGUGUUUUAUAUAAAUGAGUUGAAGCCUUCAUUCCAAUGUAGUUUUUUUUUCAGCUUUAUGAGUUAACAUCUAAAAAGUGAAUCAUUGAGUCAGCAGUUAAAACUGUUUUAAUUGUAUAUCUCCUUUUGGAAUGAAAGUCUAUGUGUGGCAUCAAAACAACUACUUUUAUAGAUAUUUUAGAGCUUAUUAAGAGCAUGUAAAGUGGUUUUAAUAUAUGGCACUGUGAUAGCAAUUUAUUAACAGAGUUAAUAUAAUAAUACUAAUACUGUUUGUUCUAAUUGGAUAAAUUCUGUUUAAUGAAGUCUAAAUCUGUUAAGCACAAUAAAAAAUUUUUGAUUUCAUGGAUGCUCCACUGGCUCAGUGAUUUGA